AUGAAACAGUCACUGCGCGCCUUGGCUGUAAGCAGUCCCGUGUAUGACAAAAUCCACUUUCAAAAACAGAUUGGAGAAAGAUAUCUGGCACCUGAGGAGACCUACAACUGGGUUCAGGCAAAUGCAGUUUACACCAGAUGGCUCAACAGGGACGACGACCCACUCCUCUGGAUUCAUGGAGAGGAAGGACAAGGGAAAACCCCGCUCAUGAUAUCUUUGAUCAACGGGUUGACCGAUAAAGUCGAGAGAAGUUCUCGGCAAAGAGCAUUGGCGUAUGUUUUCUGCUUGUCUCCAAAUGGGUAUCAAAAAGAUGCCGCUUUCAUCGCUCGAAGCAUUCUGCAUCAGGUUCUCUACCAGAAGAAGAACAACGUCAAUGCUUUCCACCACUGGUCGCAGGAAUAUCAAGCAAGAGAUGAUGCGUUGCUAAAUGAUGUACAGAGCCUCUGGAAGAUAUUGCAACUGACAUUGACUGAAGCGAAACUGGUAGUUGCUUAUUUUGUGCUCUAUCGGCCAGAGGAGUGUGAUCCUCAUAUCAUGGCCGUCUUUUCAACCCUUCUUCAGGCUAACCACACCACUUGUCACAUUAAAUGGGUAGUAAUUAGCAGCAAACACUCCGGCGACUACCCAGAAUUAAAAGUCUCAAGGCGCAUAGACCUCGCGACAGCAUCUACGAUCGAGGUUCCGGAUAUCAAACCCAGGCGUUCAAGCCCCAUAAGCCUGAGUCCAAUGUCUCUAGACACGAGAGAGCCUCAAUCAUCCAGACCGACUUCUUGGUCAUCACAUGAAAUGAAGAUACCAUCUCCAGCCGAACAAGAUAUCAAAGUCAGGAACCUAGCGACUGUGGAACGUGAAAGUUCCAAGCAAGACUUACGGCUCUGGGGUUCAGACGAUGGGCAGGAAUGCAUUAAGUUAAUGUUCUUUCCGAAUUCUCGUACUAAGUAUACCAAGGAGUAUCAAGUAGAGCCAGGUUCAUGUGAAGCGAUACUACAUCAGGUCGAGAUCACAAUUCUUCUAUCGGGAGGCUUACAAGUUCCUGCAGCAUCGUUAUUCAAAAAAAUUGAUCCGAAAUGGAUAGAUCCAUGGAAUACUGAUAUACGACUUGAGUACCAACAGGACGACGUUUCAGAGACAAAAGAACCUGUUUCCAGCAAGAGAAUAAAAUUCAGCUUUCCUUCGAAGAAGGAAGAAAAACUAGAAUACCUAAUCAUCCAGUUCCUCAAUUCGGCUGACAGAAAAGAUUUCCUCCGGCAUUGGCCAGGCUCAGAGGUUGCGAAGGGAAAGCAACCUGUGACAGCCUCGGAUUUACUGCCUUAUGUGGCUAGACAUCAACGUAGUUAUUAG